CGAAAAAAACCUAACCACAUUUUAAACCGUCCAAAGAAAUUUAAAAUUUUUGUUUGUAUUGUUCAUUCCAACGAAUUGAUUUUAUUCUAUUUUAAAUAAAUGAGUAUGAUGAGACGAAGCCAGUUUAUUGUAUAUUCGUCAUGGGCAAUUAGAAGAGAUUUUAGAUUUAUUAACAUAAACUCUAUUUUAUAAUAUUUGCAUAUUUGUGCUUUUAUUUUUUAAUCUUAAGACCAAAUAUUGUAACAAAAUGGAAGAACGUUUUAGGCGUGUUCGAAAACACUUAGACAGCUUGGGCUAUAUGCAAGUGUUAAUUCCGGAAUCGUUGCCACUCGUGGAAAAGCUGACUGCUGACUUAAUACAAACAACCGAAAGCUUAAAAAAGUAUAAAGAACUUGCGAAGGAAACCAUUGAGGAACGUGACACCCUUCAGUAUGGAGUUGAACCUUACAGAUGCGAUAACGCUAAACUUGUGAAGGAGUGUAAUGAUUUGCAUUUGGCAUUUUUACAAUUCAGAGAGCAGAAUGAAAAGCUACAGAAAGAUUUAAAACGUCGGAUAUUGUGCUUUGAACGAGACGGUCUCGAAAUCGGCGCUGAAUGUGAAAAAUUGAAAAAGCGGAUUCGAGAUUUGGAAUACGAAUCUGCAAAGAAAACCGAUCAUUUGUUGUCGUUAAACAAAAAUUCAGGAUCAAAAUCCUCGACCAACGCUUUUGCAACAAGUUCUAAAAGUAAACUGACUUUUAAAAGUGAUACCGAUAUGGCACUCGCCGAUCAAAAAAUUCUCAAAUUGACCAAAGAGAUUGGCAAACUAAAAGACGAGAUAUCCCACCUGUACGAAAUAAACGAAUCGCACAAGUCGCAGAUUUUUAACCGAGAUAAAGAAAUCGAAAGAUUAACACAAAUGCUGGAAGGCGGUCGUCCGAUGGCCGCAGUGUACAAGGAUUAUUGUCCGAAGGAAUCCGAGGGCCUGGUGACGCAGCUGCAGAAACAAGCCAGUUUUCUGCAAAAGGAGAAGGCGGAAUUGGAGGUUCGCUUGAAGGAGGCGCUCGGAAAACAGCACGAGGCGAUGAAACGCGCACUCUCGCUGGCUGACCGAAAUAAGCAUUUAGAAGACGAGUUACGCGACAUCGAUCAAAUGGCCUUAACUGUCGAAGCGGAUUGUAAUAUGGCCGUGAAAUCCACAACAGAAAAAGUAAGCAGGCUGGAAGACAAGGUGCAUGAAUUGCGAUUGCAAAUACAAAGUUUGGAGAAGGAGCUUUCGGAAAUGAAGCGCGACAAACAGGAGUUGCUGUCUGACAUUGAUGCGAUUAAGGUAGAAAAGAAACAUUUGCAAAGCGUGCUAGAAACGGCGUUGGAUGAAAAGAAGCGACUGAGUGAUCGACUCAAUCAACUUACAAUUAUAGAACACGAUUUGAAUUUGGAAAUUGAUCGUUUAGUUCAAGCAUCAGCGAAUCAAAAAAGAAAAAUCGCAGAAUUAGAGUGCCAGCUGCUUUCUGGAAAAAUCGAAACCGUGUCCGAUCUGCCUACGAAACGAGACAGCUCAUCUGAGCAGCUGAAGACGGAACGUGAUUUUUACAUCAGAGAAUAUAGACGUCUUACCAACCAAAUUAAUGACCCAUCGACUAAGUACAAUCGUGCCAGCCAACUCUUAACGUGUCGCUCAAAUUCGAAGGAUCAGUUAAUCGCCACGUUACAACAUGAGAAUAAAAUACUGGCCCAGGAAAAACAUAAUCUCAUGACUCGGCUGGAGAAUGCGAGGGAGACCGUGGAAGGUGCUGAUUUUGAGGGUCUGUCUUGGAAGACAGCCAUGCGAAAAGUGGAGAGAGAAAGAGAUAUGUUGAAAGCAGAUCUAUGCAGGCUAGAAGAAGAACGAGAUGCUCUUCGCCAAAGACUUAAGGCAACUAUGGAAAGCCAGCUAACAGACCGGUCGAAGUUCGAAAGGGAAUUGUCAGAUGCCGACAAUGAAAUUAGGCGUUUGGAAAUGGACCGUCACGAUUUGAUUCAAACGCAAGGUUCUCGUCGCGGUACCAUAAGCAAUUUGGAGGAGCAAUGCAUAACGUUGAAAGAACAGUUACGCAUCGCCCAAACGGACUUAAACCAACAAAAGGCAUUAUACGUUCAGCUAAAGACGUUACAAGAGCAAACCGAUACAGCGUUGGCGGAUUCCCAAGGUCAAAUAGGCCAGUUGGAAGAGGAACUGAUUAAGGCGAAGGAUCACAUUCACGUUUUGGAAAAUCAACGAAAUCCAAAUGAAGCUGAGCUGUUGCAGAAGGACAUUUCCGUUCUAAAACAGAAACUGACACAAAUAGAUAAAGAGAAAGACGACUUAUUGAUUUCCUUGGACGACAAAACGGAGAAAAUCGCGAUGCUGGAACAGGAGCUGAGAGUAAAGGACAGCAACAUAGACAUCGCGGAGGGUACUGUUAUGGAUUUAAAGAAGAAAAUGCAUAAAACUAUUGACGAUUCAUCUGCGAGGGAGCAGUUAUUAAAAACAAGUUCAUUGGAAAUGGCAUCCUUAAAACAAGACCUGGAGAUGAUUACAAGAACGAAAGAGAAUUUAAUGGCUGAAAAUAGGCAACUACAAGAUGAUUUAGCCUCAGUUACAGUCCAGUAUAGAACUGCACAAACCCAAAUAGACGACUGCAAAAGGCACAUUGACGAUUUAAAGAAACAAUUGCAGACUUACGUAGCCGAAGUGAGACGCUUUGAAGAUCUCAUGGACCACAAAGAAUCCGAACGCAAUGACUUACUGGAGCAAUUUAGAUCACUCUCACAAGAAGCAAAUCUCCUAGAAACCAAUAACCACUCCUUAGAACACGAGGCAACCCAAUCAAAAGUCCAGCUGUCCGUUACUUUGGAUCAUGUCUCUGAUUUGGAAGAGAAACUAACCCAUCAAGAUAAUCAAAUCACUGACUACGAGAGAAAGCGAUAUUCUGGAAAUAGACUUGACAAGAUGAUUUCAGAUUUACGGUCGCAACUUUUACGAAUGGAGGAGCAGGUGAACCAUUAUCGGGAUCAACAAUAUCAAACUGCCGGCGAAGUCGUCACACUGCGGGAGCUCUGUACGAGACUGGACCAGCAGAAAGAUAAAUUGAUACGGGAACUGCAAGAAAAAGAUGAGCAGAAAGUUAAGAUAAAUGAAGACGUGCUACGGCUAAGAAGAGAAAGCGAAACCUUGCAUUCCACCCUCACUAGAGAUAGAACGUCGCUUGACAAUUUGGAGAAAUUACUGGCAGAAUCGAGAGACGAAGCGCUUCGACAAAAAGUGACAAACGAAGAGUUGGAGUUCGAAAUAAAGGCGUUAAAGCAGAAGCUGAACGAUUGCGAAGCCAAACUAUCCCCAGCCACUGCCUCCGCCAUGUUCACUUAUACCACAGGCCCUCUACCGGGUGGCGAAACAAUCACCUGCAAUUGUUGUAGCGGGUGUCCUGAGAGUAAAAGAGGAGCGGUCAUUGACGCCGCCGGUGCUUCGGUUUUACCUAAAACAUUCAUCUUUCAAAAUAACAAGUGUAAUUGCUGUGGCAACUUUAAUACUUUCCGUAGACAAAGAGCGUCACAGGACGAAUCUCAUGCUUACCAAUCGGGUUAUCGAGAACCGAAUGCAAACGUCCCGCAGAGAACUAUUGUAGGAGGCGUUGACGGUGCCGAUGGACCGAAUGGCGAGAAUUUUCGACGUUCCUUAAAUCGAAACGUCUCCUCAUCUUCGCCGCAGUAUUCAAACUUUUUGUAUUCCACAAAUUUCGAGGCUAACAGUAUGCAAUCGGAUUUUUCAAAAAGAUAUAGCACUCAAUAAUUGUUAUUGUUCACGUUAUUCCAUCGUAGCUUAUAUAUGUUAAUAAUUGUGUUAAUUUUAAUGAAAUAGUAUAUGUAAUAAUAAUUCAAUUUAUGUUUAUUGUACAGAUGAUUUGUAAUAAGUGAUAUUAAACUAUUUAUUGUU